AGCACUAUGACAUUGGACUCACCCUCUGAAACUGUGAGCAGGCCCCCAACUAAACACUUGGUUCUGAAUGACAAUGGACGCAUUAGCCGGAAGGGAGCUUCACGCCCAGCGUUUGAGGGGAUUAUCUAGAAGGCCUCAGGUAGCCAACACCUGCUGGUCACUUUUCAAGUUUCUCAGGUGGAAGAACAGCGAUGCAGGCUGGACGUCCUCGGGGCCGGGGCCGGGGCCGCGGCCGGGGUCGGGGUCGCGGGGCCGUGGCGUGGGCGCUUACCUUCACCGUAACAGCCGUAAGCGGAGGCAGCGAGUCCGCGGCGGCCGCAACCCUAGUUACCCUCUGCCGCGCAAGCAUCCGCGGCUACAGCGCGGAGCAGCGCCUCUCCCGUAACACCGAAACCCCGGCGACCGCGGACCCCGGCUCGGCGCGCGCGGCGACGUCAUCGCCCGCGCCGGAAGUUCCUUCUGGCGGAGCGGACGUCUGCCUUCGCGGGUUUCAGCCGCAGCCGGAGAACGUAGUGGCUUCCACAGGAGAUGAGAUGUGGUCUGAGGGACGGUAUGACUACGAGCGACUUCCAAGAGAUCGAGCGCCUCCUCGGAGCCAUGCCAGUGAUGGCUACCAUAGAGUAGUUAAUGUUGUGCCAAAGAGACCACCACUGCUAGACAAGAGACCGCCUCUGCUAGACAAGAGACCGCCUCUGCUAGCCAGACCCGAUGAAGGAGGCUACAGUAGAUAUUACAGUCAUGUUGAUUACCGAGACUAUGACGAGGGCCGCAGUUAUUCUCAUGAUCGAAGAAGUGGCCCACCUCACAGAGGAGAUGAUUCUGGCUACAGAUGGACAAGAGACGAUCAUUCCACAAGCCGACAGCCUGAAUACAGGGACAUGAGAGAUGGCUUUAGAAGAAAAAGUUUCUACUCUUCCCAUUACUCAAGAGAACGAUCUCCCCAUAAAAGAGACGCUCCUUUUUUCAGAGAAUCGCCUGUAGGCCGGAAGGACUCCCCGCACAGCCGGUCUGGCUCCAGUCUCAGCAGCAGGAGCUACUCUCCAGAUCGAAGCAGGACACACUCCUUCCACCAGUCUGAGCACAGAAAGUCUGCACGUGUUGGUUCGUCCUACAAACGACAGAAUGAAGCAAAUCCAGGAAGAGGUAAAGAGAGAUCCAUCCAGUCUUUGAAAACAUCAAGAGAUACUUCACCCUCAAGUUCUUCAGCAGUUUCUUCAUCCAAGGUGUUAGACAAACCCAGCCGGCUAACUGAGAAGGAACUUGCUGAGGCGGCAAGCAAGUGGGCUAGUGAAAACCCAGAGAAAUCAGAUGAAAAUAACUUGGCUGAGAUUUCCGAGUUUGAGACGGGUUCUGCGGCACCCUUAUUUAUGGACCAGACAGAAGAACCCGAGGCAAACACAACAGACGGCACAGAACUGUAUGAAGACAGCCAGCUUAGCAGUCGCUCAAAAGCAAUCGCAUCCAAAACCAAAGAGAUCGAGCAGGUUUACCGACAAGACUGUGAGACUUUCGGGAUGGUGGUGAAAAUGCUGAUUGAAAAGGAUCCUUCCUUAGAAAAGUCUGUACAGUUUGCAUUGAGGCAGAAUUUACACGAAAUAGGUGAGCGAUGUGUUGAAGAACUGAAGCAUUUCAUCACUGAGUAUGACAAUUCUACUCAAGAUUUUGGAGACCCUUUUUAGAAGACUUAGUGCCCAGGUCAAAAAAAUUUUUUAAAGCUUCUAGAUUUUUUCCCCUUGGAUUGUUUAAAUCCUUACUAUUUUGUGAUGAAGAGAAAUACUUUAUGAUAGCUGACCAUGUUUCUAGUAUCAAAUAAACAUCUACAAUAGCUUUUAAAGUAUCUUAAUUCGAAUGUUUUUCCUAUGUAUAGAAUCUUCUAAUCCAUCUUCAUACACUUCCUCCCUCCCAAAAAUAAUGUUGAAUUAAUUUUUUAAAGUUCCAAAAAGCAGUUCUGGAGAGCAGCUCUCUGCACUUAACUCCUGUUCCCUAGUCUUCCACGGCGCGUUGGUCUCAGUAGUGUAACUUGUAAUUGGAGAUCAUUCCAGGUUGCAUCUCGUGGGCACUGUUAGCAUUUCGAGUUGAGUUUGACUUGCUGCUUGUUUUUCUUCAGCUUUGUAACUUUUGGUAAUAUCAAAAUAUACUGUCUUAAUGAAUUAAAACCGCUAUCUUACAAUAUUUGGUUUGAGAAUAAUUCUUAUUUAGUAUAGGAAAGAAGCACUUAAACAAACUCUAAAGGACACGUCAAAACAAAGCCUUAUUCUCAAGUCAUUGAACUUAGUGUGUCUCUAUGAAGUGAGACUCCUGACUGCUCUCUUUGAACAAUAUAAGACUGAUCAGAAGUGUAAUCUGAGAUGCAAGAAGCAUUUGAAGUUGAGAUUUCUCAGAAACCCUUCUGGUGGCUAUAAUAAAAAAUUAGACUAUACAAGAACCUGCAGUUUUGUUUUAGGCACAUUCUUUAUCAAAGAAGGACCUGACAAGAAGCUUGUGCUUGCAAUUAAAUGAGAAUUCUCUGAAUUUCCACGAUCUCAGUUCUGUAGACUUAGAGAAUCUCCCUCUUCACAAGUGUUAUCAUAGAGACGAGUGGAAAACAGUGAGACCAGCUCAGCUCCCCUUACCUUGUAUGUGAACCAGUGAAUAAGUGAAGAGACAAUUAGGACAUUCUACUCUUUUCCUGGUCCCUUCCAACAUAGCAGUGAACCAAAAUACAUAAUUUGUGAUGCUAAGUACCUUAAAAAUCAUGAUUUUAAUUACUGCCCAAUUUCAUUAUCUACUACUUUUUUUUUUUAAGUCAAGGUUUUACAUUGUAGCCCUAGCU